AUAACUGAUUCUCUGAGCUCCGGCUUUGUUAUUUGUCUCCUCCAUGCAGAUCUCCAUCUCGAUUUUGCAUUGCACAGGAUAUUAAACGUUUCCAAGCCUUCAACAAUUAAUUCUAAGGUAGUCGACUUCAUGGACCCAAAUUUAAAGACUUCACCGCCUGAUAGUUCUGAUGCAAAAGCUGCGUUUCGUAAGCCUUCUAAUGAUGCUUCUAGCCGACAAUAUAGGUGUCGCACUCCAGUUAGCAGGUUAUCUUCAUGUGAAGGAAGUUCUCCUCAGCGUGACCGCAGUGUUAGUCCCAUGGUUUAUAGGGAUGAUUUGGAAAAAGGUGCUGAUUCUCGACCAGGAAGAGAUGGGAGAGAACUAGAUAGGGAUUCUACUAGGAAUCAAUAUAGUAGAAAUGGUGAUUCUUAUAGAUAUUCUGAUCGACCGUCUUCCAGGAGCUCUCAUUGUUAUCCCAAACACGAUGAUUAUGUUAGGCAUGACAAGCAUGGAGAUGAAGAUAGCAAGUAUGAUAGAUUUUCCUCUCGUUCUGACCGAGAAUCAAGAAUUAGCGGUCAUUUUGAUCAUCCAAGACGAUAUGAUGGUGCUGGACAUAGAAGCAGGGGUAACGAGAAAGAAUCACCUUUUCUAGAGUGUCCAAAAUAUAAGGACAAGGAUUCAUCUUUUGAAAGGGUUGGCUUUGUUAGGAAACAUGGCAACUAUAUCUCUGAAGAGACUGAUAGAGAUCGAAGGUGCGAAAGAGGUGGUCGAGAUGAAAAAGUAGACUAUCAUAGAAGCUCGAGAGAUAAAAAGGGAAAUUACAAAUCUUUUGAAGAAUCGAGGGGCCACCGGAAUGACUCAUCUUCUGGGUGGGAGAGGGACACUGAUAGACGUCACCCUAAAGAAGGUUACAGGAGUGGGCUGGAGGAUUUAGAUGGCCCGAAGCCUUUCAAAAAGGAGAGAGUUAACUAUGAUGAAGGGGAAGUUAAUGUGGUAAAGAAGGAUAGGUUUGGUAGAGUAGGGAAGGAACAGUUUGAAGACAAGUCUAUGUUUGACAGUAAAAAUCAGGAGUCUCCGGAAAAGAAGUCGAAACACUUUAGGUUGGGUAAGAGCUCUGAUUAUGAUAAGGAUGGUGAUGAAAAGAGGUUAAGUUUGGAGCAAACUGAGGAGACUGUUGAAAGAGUUACCACUGGACCGGUCCAUAGCAGUGUUGUUGACAUCACCAAUGACGUGAAUGCUGCAAAAUUUGCUGCAAUGAAAGCUGCUGAAUUAGUUAAUAGGAACCUCAUUGGGGCAGGCCAGAGUAAUAUGACUACAGAGCAGAAGAAGAAAUUGCUGUGGGGGGGAAAGAAAAGCACUCCUGCAGAAGAGCCAGGUCAUCGCUGGGAUACUGCACUAUUUGGUGAUCGUGAGCGACAAGAGAAGUUCAAUAAACUCAUGGGUGUGAAAGGGGAUGUGAAGGCGGAGCAUAAAGCCGACAAUCAAGAUGCAGAGAAGCAGCGGGAACUCCAGCUGGAUUUGGAGAAGCAGUACACUGCUGGACUUCGGCGGAGGGAUGGCCGCACCGUUGGAUUAGGUCUUUAAGCAUCAAAGUUGGAAACUUAUGGUGCAGCAAAGGGGAAUGCUUUGUGACAUUCUGUUCUACUUCCUUUUUUCCUUUAAAUAUUAUUACAAAUAAUCUCU